UGGUUAUUCAUUCACAUUGGAGCAGACACGGCAGCGAAAAUCGCAAGGUGGGGAGGAGGAGGAGGAUUCCGAAUCGCAGUUGCAGCCCAGUAAUCCACUCCACCGCCGCCCGCCCGCGCGGAUUCGAUCGCCGCCGCCGCCGCCAUCGCCCCGCCCCGCCGCUGUAGGAACCCUCACCCUCACCGCCACCGCCCCCUCCCCCCCCGUCGGAUAGGGUCUUCCCCGUCGUGCCGCGCUGCGAGCUGCUAGGGUUCGCCCUGCCCUCGCGGUUACGGCUCCCCCUUCGCCGACUGGCCUGUACUCUUCACCGGGGUACGGGCGGAUUCCGGGGAAGAAGCAGCGCGCAUAGGGGCCUCGCCGCCCGAUGGCUCCCGCCGCCAAGCGGGGCGCCAAGGGCACCAAAUGGACCAGAGACCCGCAGCUCGGAGACCUGGUCCUCGCCAGGGUCAAGGGCUACCCUUUCUGGCCAGCCAAGGUGAGCAGGCCGGAAGACUGGAAUCAGGUGCCGGUUCUGCGCAAGUUCUUUGUCCUCUUCUAUGGCACCAAAGAGAUUGGUUUUGUAGCUUUGCAAGAUCUCAUGCCAUUUACAGAAGAGGUGAAGAAUGACUGGGUAAAUCAAGCUCGAGAGAAACGCUUACCGAAAAGAUAUGCGAAAGGUCUUGAGGAAGCCUUGGUGGAGAUAUGCAAUGCCUAUGAUGAGCUACCAAAUUCAUCUGAAACUGCAAAAUCAUCUGAAACUGGAAAUGGUUUGUUGCCUGAUCAAACUCUUGAUCUGAUUGAAAAACCUACAGAGCACCUUGUAAAGCCACCUGAUGAUGGUGGGCCUCAAAAGCUGGAGCAAAUGGAAGGUGAUAGUUCUAUGAAAAACUUGAAUUCUUUAGGGCACAUUUCAGGAACUGAAGAGGAUGUGAAAGAUGGUGGUCAUGACAGAAAGGAUCCUUUCCCAACAGCUUCUAAAAGGAAAAUAUCUGUAGAAAAGGAUUCUGGCCAUCCCAAGAAAAAGAAACCUGUUGCAUCGAAGUCAGCUACCGACCUGCACUUUGAACAAGAGCAUUCAUCAAUCUUUCCAUGCUCUGAAAGAGAGACUGAAGACCAGAAAAUUGGUAAAGAGAACCAUCCGGCCGAAGAUUUAAUUUUGGACCGUACUGUACAGAUAGUCUGCGCUCUUGCAGUGCCAAAGAAAUGUAAAACCGAGAAGCAAUUGAAGGAUGCUGACAGGAAGGAAAACAAGCAUGUCGAUGUCACUGGUAUUUCUAUGGGUACUGCUCCUGAGGCUUUACCUGUUAGUGUACCAAACAAUGGUGCUGACAAAGAGAGCACAGGAUUUACAAAGUUGAAGACGAUGAUGAAACCAUCAGCUACGGACAAAUCAGAGAGAAAGGACCAUAAUAGCAAAGUAAUACUUGACAAGCCUAACAAACAGUUGACUGGAAAGUCACCUGCUGUAUUUUCUCCCAAUAAGAAAUCUAUGCCUGCUAGUGGGCAGCGCAAGCCGGAGGGUAGCGCUGAUAUGCGUCCGGCAAAGAGGCCAAAACUAACUGACAGAGCCAAUGAAACAGUUAAGUCAGGGGCACACAGCGAGCCAAAUGUACCUGUUGAUAAUAAAAAGGAUAUUUCUGUAAAAAAUGAGAAAUCAACUUCCGCAGGAACUGGAAACAGCACAUUUCCUGAGAUUGUGACCACCGGUGAUAAGACAAGGAAAUCAGGUGUAAUUUUAUCACCCUUACCAAGGCUGCAUUCAGAGGGAUUGGAACAGCCACCCGGUUCUGCAACCAAGUUAAGUGUUUUUGAUAGUGCUAAGAAGGGCUCCAGCAUAAAGGAGAAUGGCUCACGUGUUGGUAGGCCAUUGGAAAAGCCCAGGAGAAGAGCGUGUCGUUUUGAUGAUGACGAGGAGGAAGAACAACGGACACCACCGCAUAAAACUGUGGCCAAACCAACCUCCAAACAUGUAGCCCCAACAGAGAAGAUCCAUCAGACAGGUAUUCGGGGAAUUCCUUCCUCACAAGUUGGGAAUAUUUCUGCAAAAAAAUCUGGUGUGGCAAGAGAAGAGAAACCUAGAAGUGUUGGAAGGUCACCUGUGAAGCAUGAGCCAAUUUAUUCGCCAAGUCAAAAUAAAGUGCUUGCUAGACAAGGAAGAAAAUCAACCACCACCUCAAUCAAUGCUUCUGCUGAAUUGGGUAACAAGAUUAACCUGGCAGAUCGCAAGUCCUCUGGACAAUCAAGAAUGCCAGCACCAUCUGAACUGAAGAAACCACAAGGUAGUUCUUCUAAAGUAUUGUAUAAUCAGACACCUGGGAAUUCUCAUUCUCAAAGCCAUGCUGCCUUAGAGAAGAAUUUGCUUCUGUCUAAAUCAGAAAAUGCCAAGGCUAAAGCUAAGCCUAGCACACAGUUGCCUAUAGCUGUGGAGAGUAGAUUAAGUGCCAAUUUUUCAGGUGAACGAAAUGUGAAGCUGGAUCACUCGAAAGAGGACAGAUCAAAUUUUGUUGAUAAAGCUGAUGUUGCUGAGCCUAGUGCUGACUCUGUCAAGUCAAUGAAGAAUCUUAUUGCAGCUGCUCAGGCAAGGAGAAACCUUCUUGCGUCUGGUCAAGGGAAUUCUGAUGGAUCUUUUGCGGACAAUGCUGUUCUUGCCUCCACACCAUAUGGCUUGCCUGGACUAAGUCCUAGUCCUGGCUUUCACAUUCGAUCUGCGUCUAAAAUUGCUAUUUCAGAGGGUGACAUUAUGCAAUUUCAAGACUCCAUCGCUGAACCUAGUCAACAAGUUGACCUGAAAAAGCCUGCAGAAACUCACCGUGAACAUGAAAAGAGUCCAAAACCUAAGCAAUCCAGUGGUUCACUGAGUGGUGGUACCGAUGCAGCAAUUGCACGUGAUGCCCUGGAGGGAAUGAUAGAGACACUAUCGAGGACAAAAGAUAGUAUAGGUCGUGCUACGCGUCAUGCAAUCGAGUGCUCGAAACAUGGCAUUGCGGAUGAGAUUGUUGAGCUUCUCAUAAGGAAAAUGGAGAGUGAGCCUAAUUUUCACCGCAGAGUUGAUCUCCUUUUCCUUUUAGACUCCAUAACACAGUGUUCUCACUCUCAGAAAGGCGUUGCUGGGGCUUCAUAUGUUCCCAGUAUCCAAGCUGCAUUACCUCGUAUUUUGAGCGCUGCUGCUCCACCUGUAGCUGGUGCUCGUGAAAACCGACGCCAGUGCCUCAAAGUUUUAAAAUUGUGGCUACAGAGAAAGAUUAUGCCAGAAGAAGUACUGCGAAGAUACAUGAAUGACUUUGAGGGGCCAAAUGAUAAUACAAGCACAGGUUUGCUGCUCAGGCGACCAUCCCGAGCUGAACGUUCUGUAGAUGAUCCUAUUAGGGAAAUGGAAGACAUGCUUGUCGAUGAAUAUGGAAGCAAUACAACCUUUGUCUUUGAAAUUGAUGAAGAUUUCCCUCGAAUUAAUGGGUUGUCAACAGUUAUCUCACUGCAAGUUGAAAGGGGUGAAAUACAAGAAGGCGUAGAAAUUAUUGCUCCAAAUUCUGUGGAGGAACACACCACGGUGCUAGAGAGUGUAACUGAUGACACUGUCAUGGAAGAUGCUAUAGAUUUACCAAGGAACAUGCAACUGAUAGAUGGAUCUGUCCUCAUUGAGCAUGAUUCAAGACAGGAAGCAAGUUCAGAGGAGGCAUUGAAUAAUCAGUAUGAGCUUCCCCCUCUACCUGCGGGUCCUCCACCACUUCCACUGGAUUCACCACCUCCCCCACCUUUACCUGAGGGCCCUCCACCUCUCCCAUUGGAUUCACCACCUCCCCCACCUCCUUUGCCUCCUUCGCCACCACCUGCUACACCACCGCCGCCACCUCCACCACUUUCACCAUCUUCGCCACCUCCGCUGCCACCCCUGCCAUCUGGACCACCUCCACAGCCUGCUCCACCACCUCCUCAUCCUUCUAUCCCGCCACCUGUUCUGUCAUCUCCAUCAUCAUUGGGUUAUCAGCCUGCUGUGCCAGAAUAUUUCAGGCCUCCCAGUGGUAACCAACCAACAGAAAAUUCAUCAAUCCAAGGUAUUGGAAAUCUGCCAAACUUCAUGCCUGGUGGACCAGCUAAUGCGCAAGCUCCAGUUAAUUUUGUCCAGUCGUUGCCACCAGAUUAUGGAACCAAUAAUAUCUUCAUGGCACAGCAAGCUUCUAAUGGUAAUUACCAGUUUCAGCCUGGUGUACCUUUUCAUCAAGGGGCUUUCAGUGCUUUUCCAUCAGCACAAACACCACCAGUUCAUCCCCACACUCAUCACACACUCAUGAACCCCAUGGGCCAACAAUCUGCGCCACCUCUGUGCAAUUCUUAUGUUGUACAGUCCUUUCCAAAUAGUCAAAGCCAAUAUACAUCUGAAGAACAGUGGCGAAUGACAUCUGGUAACUUCAGUCCAGAUGAUCAGCAUACUUGGUUACCAGGUGGCAGAUCAUUAUCUUGCUCAGAUGGGUCAUUCAUGCAGGAUGGAUAUUCGAGGUCCAACAUUGAGAGAUCUUCAAUGAAUCCAAUGAGCCAUCAACAUCCUGUACAGGCUGUACUCAACCAUUUGCCAUCUGGAGCAGCACAUCCAGGUCACAUUCCUCAGAUGCUGCCAGCCAAGCCUGAUAUUCAUGCACGUAAUCGCUGGAGGCCUUCUAGAUAAAAUCUAUUUGUUGCGGUAGUCCUCCAACUCUGUUGAUACUUUGUUUUGACAUGGGAAAUUGGUGGUGCUGGAAGUCAUUUGAAAUGAGGAUGCAACAAGAGGUGCUUACACUAGUCUGUUUUGCGACGAGGAUUCACUUUUGCAUGAGGAGUAAUGAUGAGAUCAGAUGAUAUUAAUUGGAAUGGACAUUUUACAUUGUAAUUAGUCUGGGCAGCAGCAUCCAGCAGACUAAUCUCUCUUAGUGUCUGAAGGGGAACAUGCAACUCGGCGGCGUUAAGUUAUGGUUUUGCUGUGAUGGCUGCUGGUGGCUUUGAUGAAGUUCGAGGGGGAGCAGCUUAAUGUGGUGAGCUGAGUGUUCCAUUUUGUUCUUUUGGCCGGCAAACUCGAGCGCUUCGUUUGAAGAGGCCUCGGUGAAGAAUUGUACAAAAGAGAUACCCCAUGUACAGCUUUCUUUGGUAACUGAAAGGUAGUAAAUGUACAGUGGGUGCUGAUAUUAUGCGUAGUUGUAGUCGUCCCUUGGCAAAAGCUAUGGAUGACGGAUGGGGUUCCUCUUAUUGUUGGAUAAAUGGAAGAAAGAAAGAAAGGUGGGGGGAUUAAUUAUUACAUGCA